AAUCAUUCCGCCUCAGAUUUUGUCUCCACUUUUCUCUGUCGUCGUUUUCAGAUCCAGUAGUUAUCUCUCUUUCUGGGAGAGAUUGAGAUGCGGGUUUGGUCAUAUUUUGUAAACUCGUAAAAUCAGAAUCGCAAAUCUCCCAGAGUUCUGAUUCUCAAUCUGUCUUCGUGCUGAAACUCAGAUGUCGGCGAUGCUUCGGAGAAUGGCUUCUGCUUCUACUUCAGGUUUUGUUCACUCUCAUCUCUCCUCUUGUCUCUGCCGUCGUCUUUGGGUUAGCAGGUCUGUCUCUUAUAGGGAGAGAUUGAGGUCUGGGUUUGGUAAUAGUAAUGUGAAAGAUGCUGUUGAUGUAUUCGACCAGAUGGUUCGAUCUCGUCCCCUCCCUUCCAUCGUUGAUUUCAGUAAAUUACUAAGUGCAGUUGCCAAGAUGAAACGGUAUGGUAUCGUGAUUUCUCUUUGCAAGAGGAUGGAAUUGCACGGGAUUUCACACAACAACUACACUCUGAGUAUUCUUAUCAACUGUUUCUGCCGCUCACGUCAAGUGGAUUUGGGAUUUUCUGUUUUGGGGAAGAUCAUAAAAUUGGGUUACGAGCCAAACGUAAUCACGUUCACCACUCUCAUCAAUGGAUUAUGUAUAGAGGGUAAGCUUUCCGCGGCAUUAAGCUUGGUCGAACGAAUGGUAAAGGAUGGAUACACUCCUGAUGUCGUGACAUGUACCACCAUUGUCAACGGACUUUGUCUCCAAGGUAGAAUCCAUGAGGCCGUCGUUUUAGUUGAUCAGAUGCCAAAGAAAGGCCAUAUACCCAAUGUAAUCACUUAUGGUGCUAUUGUGAAUGGCCCAAGAUGGAGGAAAGGCAUGUUGAGGUCAAUGUCAUAG